AUGCAAUACACGUCUUACCGGACAAUCAAGAAGAACCCCGACCACCUGUUCAACCUACGCAAGAAGUCCGACGAAUCCCUUCGAGAUUACAUCAAGAGAUUCAAAGCAGAAAAGGCCAACAUCGUAGGAUGUGACGACCGGAUCGCGUCCUCUGCUUUCAAGAAAGGCCUUCCAGCUGAACACGACUUAUACCGCGAGCUGACUAUCGCUCCCAGCCAGACUCUGGCAGUGGUCUUCGCAACCGCGGAACGUUAUGCGCUCUGGGAUGACGAUCGAAUCGCCGCAAAGAAGUCUACUAAGCAGGAAAAUCAACCAACCAAGAGGGCAGGCCAAAAGAACGACGGGUUCGGCAACAGAAACAAGGACAAGCGUAGGUCACACCCAAAGGAGGGCGCCACGGUAGGAGAGAACUACACUAAGUUCUCCAUCCCCAUAAACCAGAUCUUGGCCCAAGUGAAGGACAAACCAUGGGUAAGAAGGCCGCCACCCUUGAAGGGAGAUCAGGACAAAAGGGAUAUCAGAAAAUACUGCGCCUUCCAUGGGGCGCACGGGCACACCACAAACAACUGCUUUGCUUGGAAAACGCACCUUGAAGAACUUGUGAGAGAAGGACACUGCACGGAAUUCAUUGCGAAGCAGGCCAUCCAGCGGAUUGAGGAUCGCGACAUCGCCAAGGAGCCACCUCAGAAAGUCAUAAGGAUUAACACGAUCCUAGCCGACUCCGAAGAGUCUGGGCUGACAAGCAAAGAGAAGAAGAGGAAGAUCAAGCAGGCCACGGUGGUCUCCCAAGUCUCGACUGACCUUCCACCGGCGAAAGACGACCCAGUGAUCGGCUUCCAGAAGAAAGAUUUGAUCGGCCUCGACAUGCCACACAACGACGCCCUUGUCGUCAGCAUUCAAAUCGCUCAGGCCAUGGUCGACCGAAUCCAUGUGGACGAAGGCAGCGCAGCCAAUAUCCUGCAGUUGACUCAAGCUGACCAACCGGCUAAGUUCAACAAAAGAGAGAUGGUCAGACGAGACCAAUUAUUCUAA